UCACAUGAAACGGCCAUUGCGCCAGCGUCUUUCGUUCGUUGUACCGGGUGGUGUUUCUAUGUCUAUAAUUUUAUUGUAAAAGUGUGCUUAAAAACUUGUGAACAUGGACGAAGAUGUAAGAAAACUUUUAAUCACAUGGAACCUCGAGGAAUACAUGGAAAUUUUCGAAAAAAACAAAAUAUCUGUAGAUUGCCUCAAUUUACUAGAUGACAGCAUGAUACGGGAAUUGUUUCCUACUAUUGGUGACAGAGCCAUAUUUCAAAAAAAUUUUCAAAAUUGGAAAUCUAUUGCUCUUGGACAGUUUUCAGUAAUGAACAUGGAUGUUGAUAUACUCCAAGAAAAGCAUAGGAAUCCGUUAACUGAAAUGACAAACAUAGAAUUAUUUCAAACAUUGAUGAAUACAGAAGAUGCACCUGAAAAUGCGAACAGUGAUACCCCAAAUCCAGUCUCUCCUUUGAAAGUUAUAGAAAAUAAACAAGAAGGGAUACAACAAAGUAAAGAUAAUAAACUUCUGGAUUUACUGCAGUCAAGCGCAGAGGGCAAAAUUAUACUUUCCCUGCACAAGGACGACGGUUUGUUGAGCAGCAGCUCUAGGAGAAGGAUAUGUAACAUAAUAAUUAAACAUUUACUUGGGGAUGACCCCUCAAAAACCAAUAUUCCAAGUUCUGUUCUGUUUGAUAUGGCCAGUCAAAUCAAAGAAGUUUUUAAUAAAGAGAACAUAAGCACAUACUUCAUUCCGUACAUCAACAACAAGAAAUUGAAAAUCAGAAGAUGUGCUAAGGGAAAGCUAUAUGAUUGUUUGCAAAAUAGAAAAAGGGAGUAUCGUAUUGCCGCGAGAAAAAUGUCACAUACAAGUACUCCAGGAUCUUCUACCACUGAAACUAAUGAAGAGACUGAACCAGAGGACGUUUCGGACGAUGUGGCUUGGAUUAAAGCGUCAACUGAGCCGUGGAAACUACUCGAACAAAAAUGGAAAACUACUACAAAACAUAGACUUGAAGAAACAAAAAACAUGACUGUAACAGAAUAUAUGGCACAAUAUCCAGGUUUAAAGAAACCCACAGGAUUUCACUUGCUGACUAUAGACUUCGAUACUAUGUACCCUGGGACCUCAGACAAUCUAUACAAGUACUUCAUGCUGUCAAAAAAAUCUAUUUUCGAGUUGGCAAGCAGCAAACAUAAGUUGGUUAGAGAAAAAUUCCAAGGAGUCAAUGCAGAAGAAGCUGAUAAUAUUAAUGCAUUAUUUACGCUGACGCUGCUAGUUGCUCAACCUCUGCAUAAGAAACCAAAAAAAAGGAGCUGGAGGCCUUCAAAACAGGAGUCUAAGGAUGGGUUUAUUACCCAUGUUACAAGAUACAUGAACUUAAAUGAGACCAUCAAACAAAGAAGAGAAAAAUAUCUACAAUAUGGUAUUACUUUCCAACCUACGAUAUUUAUUGUAGGUGAAAAUUUGCAACAUAUUGAGCAGUAUUUUGUUGUUGUGGAUAAUACAUUUUACACUAUGCAUACCAUUAUGCAAGCGGUCGAUGUGUGUUUUAAAGCUUUCCAAGCACUGAAUUGUAAAUAUCCGGUUGAAAGCGAACUUAUUUGGCUGUUUAUACAGAGAGGGUUUUAUAAAAUAAGAACAUCUUAUGACAAAGAAUUUGUUUCGGUUAACUCAUUACUUGCUGAUUUACAUUUACUUGAGUAAAAUGCCUAAGUGCUUUAUAUGCAAAUUGGUCAUUUCUUCUAUAAAAGACUUAUGCCAUCACUUCAAAUACAUGCAUGGUAAUCAUAGUUUUGAUUAUUAUGAGUGUGCUGAGGAAAGGUGUAAUAGAAAAUAUUUUUUAAUUAAUUCAUUUAAAAAACAUUUAAAAAUCCAUACCUCAAUUAGUGAUGAUGCCGAAUACCUUAACGCACAUCAAAAUGUAAACAACUUUAAUUCUGAUAAUCUGAUUCAGCAUAAUAAUUGUAACGAAGCAAUUUCUGAGUUUUCUGAUUUGUCAACAGCUCACGAUUCAGGCACUGCCCAAACGGCGAUAGAUUUUGAGAGUUCUGUACUUAAAUUCACAGCUAAUUUACAUGCCAAUACUUUGAUCCCCAGAAAUGUAGUUCAAUAUGUUACUGAAAAUAUGAAUACCUUGGUCUCCGACUCAGUAAUAAAACCUCUUCAAAAUAUGUUGUCGCAGUGUUUGUCGCAAAGGCAAAUAUCUGCCGAAUGGGCUGGACGUUUGCAGAGCCAUUUAGAUAAAUUUAGUGAUUCUUUUGAAGAUGUAAGAUCUGAACAUGUACGUUUUGCUUUGUUCAAGGAAAAAGGUACUUACAUAGAGCCUGAAGAAUAUGUUCUUGGUCAAAGAUUAGAAACCAGCUAUGCUAAUAAUAGUUUUAAAUUGGUACCUACUACAUCCACAGGCCAAUUCAUACCACUUCGACAUGUAUUAAAAAAAUUUUUAGAAUCAAGUAACGACUAUCAGCAGAUUACCCAACACUAUAAUGAUUUAAAAUCUUCCAAUUGUGACGUUAUACAAAAUAUAGUCCAGGGUUCUGAAUGGCGAAAAAUGGUUACUUCUUGUAGUGGACAAAUUGUUUUACCCCUUGGACUAUAUUUUGACGAUUAUGAAGUAGGUAAUCCUCUUGGUAGCAGAGCUGGUGUACAUAAACUAGGUGCUGUAUAUAUAUCUAUUCUUUGUCUGCCACCGCACUACUUGUCAAAGCUACAGAACAUUUUCUUAGCAUUACUUUUCCAUUCAUUCGACCGUCAACAUUUUGGAAAUAGAGUAACUUUUGGUCCUAUAAUAUCAGAAUUAAAUUUUUUGAGUCGCCAGGGAAUCGAUUUGACUUUUUCCGAUGGAACGCAUAGUAAAGUUUUCUUUAAAUUAGCUGUGAUUUUGGGUGACAAUCUAGGUUUACAUAGCUUAAUUGGUUUUACUGAAUCCUUUUCUAGUAACUUUUCAUGUCGAAUUUGUAAGAUACGUAAAGAAGACCUAAGGUAUGCUCAUGAAUGUGACCGUGAUUUGUAUCGUACGAUGGAACAAUAUUUAAUUGAUUUAAACCAAAGAAAUGUAUCAGAGACGGGCAUCAAAGAAGAAUGUGUAUGGCAUGAUAUCGAUGGUUUUUCCGUUAUCAAUAACGUGGGGGUAGAUAUAAUGCACGAUUUACUCGAAGGUGUUUGUAAAUACGACAUGUCAUUUAUAUUGUAUUAUUACAUAGAACAAUUAAAAUUAUUCUCAUUAGAUACAUUGAAUGGAAGAUUAACUUGUUUUGAUUAUGGACCUGAUCGUAGCAAUCAACCACCCUGUAUACUUCAAGAACACCUUCGUAAUCAGUCCAUUAAAAUGUCAGCAUCGGAAAUGCUUUGUUUUGUAAGGUAUUUUAGUUUGCUAGUAGAGGAUUUGAUACCAACGAAUGAUACCCUUUGGGAGCUAUAUUUACAUCUUAGAAAAAUACUUGACAUUGUGAUUUCUAAUCAAUUGCAAAAAGGUACUAUUGAUUUUCUUAAGUUAUUAAUUUCUGAACACCACAAAUUAUAUUUACGAAUUACUAACAAAACGUUAACACCAAAAUUUCAUUUCUUAACUCAUUAUCAUGAUAUGUUACAAAAAUUUGGUCCAUUGGUAUCUAUCUGGUCAAUGAGGUUUGAAGCUAAGCACCGAUUAUCAAAACUUUCUGCAAAUGUAUCUAGCAAUAGAAGAAACGUUUGCAAAUCUCUAGCUAUUAGGCACCAACUAAAGUUGAAUAACUUGUUUCUCAAUAAACACCUUGAAAAGAAAGUACAGAUGGGACAUAACCGGCCAGUAGAUGACAAUAUAAAAGAAAAAAUUAUGAACAAAUUAAAUUUAAACUCUGCAUUUAUUGAAGAGUAUAAUUGGUUGAUUAUUAGCGGAACUAGGUACAAUUGCAACUUAGUGUUAACGUUAGAUGUAGUUAACGAUGGGAUGCCUAUUUUUGGUUCUAUUAAUAGCAUUUUUUUGUGCAAUGAUGACAUACUAUUUGAGGUAAACCUUUUUGAAACACAGUAUUUUGAUGAAAGACUUUGUUGUUUUGUAGUUAUUAAGAGUAAUGCAGAGACUGAAUUUUUCAUGUACGACAAACUUUAUAGCUAUGUCCCAAAUACCAUGACACGUAGUCGUGACAGUAGAACAACUUACGUUACUCUGAGGUCUUCAAUAUAAUUAUAAGACUACAGUACCGGCCAAUAAAAUAUCACCUUUAUUUUGUCGGUACAACUUUUUAAAUAUUUGUAAAUGUCUUCCACCUCAGUAAUAAUAGUACUUUUAUGCGAGGGGUGAGGAUAAUUGAUUUCAUGCAGUGGUUUAUUCAUAAAUGUUUUUUGUUAUAUAUGUACAGUCAACUACAAAAAGAUGUAUCCAUAUUUUCAACUUAUUGCUUUGGAAUAAGAUCCAAAAGUGGAUACAUCUUUUUAAAGUUGACUGUACGUAGUAUCAGAGAGAAUAAAGACAUAGAGUGAAAUUUCACGAAAAAGUCCUAGCGAACUUACCUAGACGUUAUUUUGCUAUCCGACACCAGGUGUCGCCAUUUUUUAGUCAACAGUUAAAGGUGGCAGUUAAGUGGAUUAUGGAAAAGGUGGCGCCACGGAACCUAGCAUCAAAAUGUUGUUAGACUUUGUCACUCUUAUGUCUUUAUUCUCUCUGAUAGUAUAUAGCAAAAGGUGAUUUAUUAUUCGCCGCUGCAACAGUAUCACUAUACUUAUUAUUUAGCUCAUAGAAUAUCUAAUUCGUACAUUUCUAAAACAGCACGUUAUUUACAGUUACCCCAGCAAUAUCUGAUUGCCUCGGUGCUCAUGUUUGGGGGAGUACAUGUUUAGAUAUUCUGGAGCACUUUAGCUGCCCGGAUGUUACUGAUGGUUGCUGUGUACCUACUGCAAACCGUUUUUUUUAAUGAUUUAUACACAAGGUCAAGUUGGAUAAGUGGAAUACUUGUAUGGAAUCUUCAUACUGUUUCAAUUU